UUACCAGUCAUUUUUUUUAUUUCCGCUAGCUUCUUCCAAACGUCCCGAACUAAACAAAACGGAAAAUAGAAAGUUUCGUCUCCAUCGUGAUUAUUGCGAAUCCCUUUUGUGUUGACACGAUUCAUCACGCAGAUAGUGCACUUUGUUUCUAAACCGGCGGCUUCCCAAAAGUGACGCAUCAUAUUUGGAAAACUGAUAAUCUCGGGAGAGGGACAAAAUAAUGACGAUAAGGGUCGCUGGUGGAUUAUAGCCUAGCUGUUAAGCUACACAGCCAGUCGGAAAUUGUUUACGGGUAGUAACGUUAUACGUAUCGAAUUUAGUACGCAAGGAAUUGGUUAUUCGGCUGGGUGCGUUUCGACAGUUUUGAUACAACCAGGACUAAGAAUGGUAGAUCUUUCAGAGCCAGCGGAAGUUGUUCAAGCGAAUGAAACAGCAUCCCACUGUAGCCGAGAAAUAAGCGGAGUGGAUAAAUAUGAGUAAGCUUGAAUGGCGCAACAUCCUUGUAAUUGCUAACGAUACAGCUCUGUUUGAUCUGCGGCACAGUGCCAUCCGGGGGGACCUGAGGGCCUCGCCGUUCCGUAGUGUAUGUUGGGCCAUAUUUCUACAGGUCUUAAAAACUCCUUCUGGUGAUUGGACGAGACAACGUGAUCAGCUGCGUAGCGAAUAUCAAAAGCUGAAGCAUCAGUACGUUUUAAAUCCACACAGCAACAGAGAUGGCAGCGACGAUCCACUAUCGCAAUCCAAGCAAAGCGUGUGGAAUCAACACUUCUGUGAUCAAGAGCUGUGUGCGGUGAUCAAACAAGACGUGGUGCGCACGUUUCCUGGAGUGGAUUUCUUUCGAAAAUCCAAAAUACAGGAAAUGAUGGUUAAUAUUCUGUUCUGCUAUGCCAGGGUGCAUCCCACCAUGUGCUAUCGCCAGGGAAUGCACGAAAUAUUGGCCCCGUUGAUUUUCGUUAUCCAUAGCGACCAACAAGCAUUGGCACACAUACAGGAACUGAACCCAUCUGUGGAUCCCAUACUCCUGAUGGUUUUGGACCCAGAAUUUAUCGAAGAAGAUGCUUAUUCUAUUUUUUCUAAUAUUAUGGACCGGAUAGCGUCAUUCUACCGAACAAUGGAAGUCAUUCCGACGGCGACCGGUCACUUCCCGGUGGCCACCCCAUCUACACCACUGCUUAGCCCAACUUCGAAACGAAGACCUGAAAUAGAAGUCGUCGAACAGUUGAACUUCAUCAAGGACAAAAUCCUGAUCAAAGAAGAUUUGCACCUGCACAACCAUCUGCUGAAACUUGAUAUUCCGCUUGCCAUUUUCGGAGUACGCUGGCUGAGGUUACUGUUCGGACGUGAAUACGCACUGCAAGACCUUUUGCUCCUAUGGGAUGCCAUCUUUGGGGAAGGUGAACAACUGGAGUUAAUCAACUUCAUUGUGGUGGCCAUGCUGAUCCGCAUCCGUGAUAAGUUGAUUUACAGCGAUUAUACAACUUGUUUAACGUUUUUGAUGCGUUAUCCAACGAAUGUGGAUGUUUCGCUGAUUAUUCGGCACGCACUUCACAUGAAGUCUCCUAAGGUGAGCUGAAUAUUAUUUAAUUUAUGUAGGUAAUCGAUAGAUGAAUGUUCAACGCUCGCGCAAAGGAAUCUCAACAUUAAUCCUCAUCCGUCCCGGAAAUUUUUACACGUUACAGUCCCAUUUACAUUUUUUUUCUGGAAUGUCAGCAUUUUUUUUAAAUAUGUAUUUAUUUGUAUCAAUUUAUCAAUUAUCAUCAAUUCAUAAAAUAUUCAUUACAUUUUACAUUGAAUUAGGUGUUCAGCUUAAUAAUGAACU